UGAGGGACACAUCUGGCAAAGUCCAAAGUGCCUCCUUCUUAAAUUAAGUUGGCGCUACCACUCCUAACGUUUUGGUCACCAGUCACUUGAAAUGGUCUUCUCUUUCACUAGACAUGUCAGAUUGUGACAGAGGGCGGGCUUAAGUGAAAAUGUUCUAUAAAAAGUAAGAAUGAGAAAAACAUCCCGCAAAAUGAAGACAGUACAUUUGACACGAAGGUAAACGUGUUAGAGUAGUAUUUUGAAAAGGAUUUUCGCUUGGUUAAACAGCUGGAAAACCAUGAAAUAUGAGUGGCACUAACACUACAGGAGCUGACGGGCUUGUUCCCUGGAACUUCAAUGGCUCCAUAUACAAUGUAUCUGGCAACAAUUUUCCAUCCAAUGUUAGUUGCAACAGUUCCAGCAGCAAUGACUCCUGUGUGCUGGGACAGGCAGCCAGAAGUCCUGAUAAGACGAUUGAGAUGGUCUUCAUCGCUUUGGUGACAGGCUCUCUCAGUUUCGUCACCGUGGUGGGCAACAUCCUGGUGAUGCUCUCCAUCAAAGUCAACCGCCACCUCCAAACAGUCAACAACUACUUCCUGUUCAGUUUGGCAUGUGCAGACCUCAUCAUUGGGGUCUUCUCCAUGAACCUAUAUACAGUAUACAUCAUCAAGGGCUACUGGCCACUGGGGCCAGUGGUGUGUGAUCUGUGGCUGGCUCUGGAUUAUGUGGUAAGCAAUGCCUCAGUGAUGAAUCUAUUGAUCAUCAGCUUUGACCGGUACUUCUGCGUAACCAAGCCCCUGACAUACCCAACCAGACGGACCACUAAGAUGGCUGGGCUGAUGAUUGCGGCAGCCUGGAUCCUGUCCUUCAUCCUCUGGGCACCCGCCAUCCUCUUCUGGCAGUUUAUUGUAGGGGAGCGCACAGUACCUCAGGGGGAGUGCUACAUCCAGUUUCUAUCCAACCCUGCUGUCACCUUUGGCACAGCCAUCGCUGCCUUUUACCUGCCUGUCAUCAUCAUGACCGUGCUGUACAUCCACAUCUCACUGGCUAGCCGCAGCCGUGUUAAGAAGCAGAAGCCCGAGGCCAAGAAAGAGAAAGCUCUUAAAUCCAGCAGCCUGCUCAAGAGCCACAUCCUCAAGCAAAACAACAAUAACUCCUCCAAGCCCAGCAGGGAGUCUAGCACAGACGCUGUGAAGAAUGGCAAACUGGAGGAGUCUGUCUCCACCAAAGCAGACUCCAGUGUACAACCUGAGGAGAAGGAGAGCUCAAAUGACUCCAGCACAGCCAGCAUUGCCCCCAAAGACACCAAGGAGCGGACGAAUAGUGUGGCCACAUCGGAGGGCGCUGGUUCCAUCCCUGCUCCUGCCCCUUUACCUGUCAAAAUAAAUCCCGCCUCCAAGUGGUCCAAGAUAAAGAUUGUCACCAAGCAGGCAGGGGAAGAGUGUGUCACAGCCAUUGAGAUUGUUCCACCGAACAGUGCUGAAAACAACUCGAUCCCUGUCACAAGACCAAGAACAGUGGCUCGGAAGUUUGCCAGCAUUGCCAGGAGCCAGGUGAAAAGAAAGAGACAGAUGGCUGCAAGGGAGAAGAAGGUCACCAAGACCAUCUUUGCCAUCCUUCUGGCCUUUAUUAUCACAUGGACUCCCUACAAUGUCAUGGUGCUCAUCAGCACAUUCUGCCACUCUUGUGUCCCUGACACGGUGUGGGCCAUCGGCUACUGGCUUUGCUACGUGAACAGCACCAUCAACCCUGCGUGCUAUGCGCUCUGUAAUGCCACAUUCAAAAAGACCUUCAAAAAUCUCCUCAUGUGCCAGUAUAAAAAUAUUGGCACAAGAUAAAGAGCAACGACUGGCUGGUGUAUGCUGCACAUGAAGCAGUGGCUCCUGGCCAAGUCCAUUGCAGCUGCCUAUGAAUUUUAGCCCUACGUUAAAGCUCUGGAGGUAGGGAUCUAGAGAUACACCUGCAGAUUCUUUCAUCCACACCACCAAUGCAUCAAUAUCACCAUGGGAUGGACUGCCAUAUUGUAAACAACAUCAUGAAUUGGCUGAUCCAGUAUUUCAGAAAUUAGUCAAAUAAGUUUGCUAUCAGAAUCACCAUCAGUAUUUUUUUAUUAUUACUGGUCACUGGUUAACUUCCAGAGCAAUUAGGAAUCUACAAAAAAUCUUUACAAAUAUGUGGUGACAAUCUUCAA